AUGCAGCCCGUGUGGCUCUGCUGGGCGCUCUGGGUGCUGCCCCUGACCGGCCCCGGGGCGGCCCUGACCGAGGAGCAGAUCCUGGGCAGCCUGCUGCAGCAGCUGCACCUCAGCGAGGUGCCUGCCCUGGACCAGGGCGACGUGGGGCAGCUGGUCAUCCCCGCGCACGUGAGGGCCCAGUACGUGGCCCUGCUGCAGCGCAGCCACGGCACCUACUCCCGAGGGAAGAGGUUCAGCCAGAACUUCCGAGAGGUGGCCGGCAGGCUCCUGGGGUCCGACGCCUCCAGGCACCUGCUGGUGUUCGCCAUGGAGCAGCGGCUGCCCCCCGACCGCGAGCUGCUGCAGGCCGUGCUGCGCCUCUUCCAGGAGCCGGUCCCCGAGGCCGCGCUCCGCACGCACGGCCGGCUCUCCCCGCGCAGCCACCGGGCCCGGGUCACCGUCGAGUGGCUGCACGUCCGCGACGACGGCUCCAACCGCACCUCCCUCAUCGACUCCAGGCUGGUGUCCGUCCACGAGAGCGGCUGGAAGGCCUUCGACGUGACGGAGGCCGUGAACUUCUGGCGGCAGCUGGGCCGGCCCCGGCAGCCGCUGCUGCUGCAGGUGUCGGUGCAGCGGGAGCAGCCGGGCCCGCGGGCGGCCAGCGCCCACAGGCUGGUCCGCUUCGCCUCCCAGGGCCCGGCGGGCGGCGGGCGCGGCGAGCCGCAGCUGGAGCUGCACAGCCUGGACCUCGGCCGCUACGGAGCUCAGGGCGACUGUGACCCUGAGGCGCCGGUGACCGAGGGCACCCGCUGCUGCCGCCGGGAGAUGUACAUCGACCUGGAGGGGCUGAAGUGGGCCGAGAACUGGGUCCUGGAGCCCCCGGGCUUCCUGGCCUAUGAGUGUGUGGGCACCUGCCGGCAGCCCCCGGAGCCCCUGAGCUUCAAGUGGCCGUUUCUGGGGCCGCGGCAGUGCAUCGCCUCGGAGACGACCUCACUGCCCGUGAUCGUCAGCGUCAAGGAGGGAGGCCGGCCCAGGGCCCAGGUGGUCAGCCUGCCCGACAUGAGGGUGCAGAAGUGCAGCUGCGCCUCGGACGGGGCGCCCGUGCCCAGGAAGCUGGAGCCGUAGGUGGGGGUGUAGCCACUGGGGCCUCUGACUAGACACGUGCACCAAAGCAGAUCUUAAUGUAGGUCUUAAUUUUCUUCUUAGCAAGUUACCCCUGCUCUGAGUGCCCCUUUUUACCUUUCCUUGUGUUCUUCCAUUUCUUGUCCUCCUGUCUAUCACCCACCCUAAGCACUUACAUGAGUAACCAACGCAACUCGGAUUGCUGAGCUCUGGAAGGAAAUUCCAGGCUCCUUGCUAAAGGAUGCAGCUGAGCAUGGACAGACUGUCCGCUGGGAACUUCUGUUCUCUGGCUAAUUCUCAACUGAGUAUGGGACAACACACCCUAUGAUGAAAACUUGGAGAACAGAAUGAUUUACCCUAUUACCUGAUGAAUUAAAAGAAAACCAAAAAAUCCCUCUGUUUCCCCUAAAUGAGGAGGAUGUCUAAAAAGAACCCCAUCCCCCCAAAGGUUGAGCCAUUCUUGAUUUUUGUAAACAUACCUGGUUCCCCAUUCCCUGAGAGGUGCUGGGAGGGGCGAUAAGGGCUUCAGGCUAGAGGCAGUGGACAGGGAAACAGGACACCUGGCUUCUGGAUCUUACAGGGCCACCAGCUGUGACCUCAAGCAAAUGCCGAUGCCUUAGGGCCACUGUUUCCCCUUAGAAAGGAGGAGUUGGGAUUGCUCUAAGACUUCAUUGCCCUGGUGAUUAGACAGCCCUGACCUCACCCACUUCUUGGGAGAGCGAGCAUAGCCUUUGCUAAUUCAGGUUAUUUCUCCCACUGUUUUAGAGAACUUAUCACCAGAACCCACAUGUAUUUACAUUUUCUUUUUUAAUUUAGAAAAAGAAAUUGAAUGUAGAUAAUCUGCUGAAAUAAAAGUGAUGUUUCACCCAGUG